AUGAUUUUCAACUCUAACUACAAUCAUGUCUUGGCCGCGCAAGGGAGAAAGGGUGAUAAGAAGUACCAGUUACCUGGGAAAUACUUCCCCAAAGUAUGGGGUGAACCAAAGUGGAUCAAGUACCUCCACCGUCCCAAGUACAUGGGCGCUAGUCCAGGGACGUUGGGAAAUGAUCCGCUGGUCACGCGCAAGUCUGCGUCAGUCUAA